GCCGCCAGCACCACAGUCAGCACGUUCUGCCGCCGCCGCAGGCACGCACAACGACAGCGCGCACGGCGUCGGCACGCCCGGCGUCAGCCGUGCACGCCUAGGGGUAGUUCUGGGCAGGAGGCCCUAGCGCUGGUGGAGGCGUCAGCCCGGCGCCGAGAUGUCGUACAUGCUCCCGCACUUGCACAACGGCUGGCAGGUGGACCAGGCCAUCCUUUCGGAGGAAGACCGGGUCGUCGUCAUUCGGUUUGGGCAUGACUGGGACCCCACCUGUAUGAAGAUGGACGAGGUUCUUUACAGCAUAGCGGAGAAGGUUAAGAAUUUUGCAGUUAUUUAUCUUGUGGAUAUUACAGAAGUACCUGACUUCAACAAAAUGUAUGAGUUAUACGAUCCAUGUACUGUGAUGUUUUUCUUCAGAAACAAGCAUAUCAUGAUUGACUUGGGCACCGGUAACAACAACAAGAUUAACUGGGCCAUGGAGGACAAGCAGGAGAUGGUGGACAUCAUAGAGACUGUGUAUCGUGGGGCCCGCAAAGGCCGUGGCCUGGUUGUGUCUCCCAAGGACUACUCCACCAAGUACCGAUACUGAGCAUGCAUCAGUCUGUGGAUGAAUAUUGUGGAGCUGUUUUUUUAUGCAGAGAUAUUUCAUACUGUUGAGAGCCUUUGGAAGCUCGAGGGCUAGGAGAUCUCUGAGAUACAAUUACAAGGCCUUAACUAACUGAAAUAAACAAAUGUGGUGAUAGGACUA